AUGGCGGAAACACAUCCGGUAUUGACUGACACUACUUCAAAUCCUGGAAUCACCAUUAUCUCCAUAAAUCGGCCCCAGAGAAAGAAUGCAGUGGACCCCUUGACCGCAAAGCGGCUAUACGAGGCCAUCCUCGCCUUCGAAGAAGAUGCGACGCAGAAGGUCUGCGUUCUAACGGGCGCCGGAAACACCUUUUGCGCUGGCGCCGACCUGCACAAUGUCGCCCAGAAGACCGCGGACUCUCCUCCAGCCGAGAAUCUCCAACCCGUCAGCGAUCGCAACUUAGGACCCAUGGGCCCAUCACGGCUGAUCGUGAAGAAACCAGUCAUCGCGGCCGUAGCUGGAUACGCCGUGGCCGGAGGACUAGAACUUAGUCUCCUUGCGGACAUACGUGUCGUCGAAGAAGAUGCAGUCUUUGGCGUCUUCUGUCGCCGCUGGGGCGUCCCUCUCAUUGACGGAGGUACCGUCCGCCUACAGGCCAUCGUCGGCCUGGGACGAGCUCUCGAUAUGAUCCUGACUGGUCGCCCGGUAGGAGCUCAAGAAGCUCUCGCGAUGGGACUUGCCAAUCGCGUGGUACCAAAGGGACGGGCUCUUCAACGGGCGCUGGAAAUCGCCAAGCAGCUCAUCACGUUUCCAGAGCUUUGUAUGAAUACGGAUCGCAGGUCUGCCUACUACAGUGCUUAUGAGGCUUCGUCGUUCCAAGAUGCCAUGUCCCAGGAGUUCAGUGCUGGCGUCAAAGUUGUCUCGAAGGAGGCAAUCGCAGGCGCUGCCAAGUUUAGUAAAGGGUCUGGUCGACAUGGUAGCUUCAAAGAGUUUAACAAGCUUUGA